AUGGUUAGUUCACCGCAAUAUGAUGGCGAGAAGCGGGUGUACUCCACGCCGGAGACCGGGAAGUGGUGGGAAAAGUUGCAGGCGGAGGUUCGUAAGGUGGACCCGGAGGGCGUGGUGGCUGCUUUGAUACUUGCGAGUGACGAAACACACAUGGACCAUCGUGGCAAGGCCAAGGGCCAUCCGGUGUACCUAACACUUGGAAACAUCGACAAGGACGAUCGAUGGAAACCGUAUGGACACGUCCUCCUUGCACUUCUCCCUGAGUACCCGCCAGAGUACUCGUCUCUUGACAGAACGGAUGUCUUCCAUUACGUCAUGAACGAUGUAAUGGCGGGCCUCAAGAGAGCAUCGCACACGGGGGUUAAGAUGAAGAAUGCAAAGGGCGAGACUAUCCAUGUGUGGCCGUCAGUGUACGCCCACAUCACGGAUUACCCGGAGUCUUGCAAGGUUACAUGCACGAAAUCUCUCGGCACCACAUAUCCGUGCUCCUUGUGCAAGGUACAUAAGGACGAGCUCAAGCGGUUUGAGUUCCGGAUUAAGCCUAGAACUCCCUCCGAGCAAAACCGUGUCGUGCAAGGGAUGAAGCGUGGCACCAUUGACCCCGAAACUAACGAGGCUCUCUCCACACACCCCGUUAAGAGUUACCUAUGGGGUUGGAGAACAAGGCCAACGUGUAUGCCACCUACCCCCUCUCUGGCCCCUCCUAACAUUCUCUGCCCUAUCACCCCGUCUCUGCCCCCACACCAUGGUCUCUGCCCCGUCAUCACGUCUCUGCCCCAUCCCUACCUUCCAUGCCCCAUCGUCCCUUCUCUGGCCCUCGUGUAUUUUUCUGCCCCACCAUCGCAUUCUCUGGCCAUCCAUCCCAUUCCCCGCCCCAUCACCCAUUCUCUGCCCCCACACCAUGGUCUCUGCCCCGUCAUCACGUCUCUGCCCCAUCCCUACCUUCCAUGCCCCAUCGUCCCUUCUCUGGCCCUCGUGUAUUUUUCUGCCCCACCAUCGCAUUCUCUGGCCAUCCAUCCCAUUCCCCGCCCCAUCACCCAUUCUCUGCACCCACACCAUGGUCUCUGCCCCAUCGUCAUGUCUCUGCCCCACGACUACCUUCCAUGCCCCAUCGUCCCUUCUCUGUCCUCUCGUGUAUUUUUCAGCCACACCAUCGCAUUCUCUGGCCAUCCAUCCCAUUCCCCGCCCCAUCACCCAUUCUCUGCCCCCACACCAUGGUCUCUGCCCCGUCAUCACGUCUCUGCCCCAUCCCUACCUUCCAUGCCCCAUCGUCCCUUCUCUGGCCCUCGUGUAUUUUUCUGCCCCACCAUCGCAUUCUCUGGCCAUCCAUCCCAUUCCCCGCCCCAUCACCCAUUCUCUGCCCCCCCCAUCAUUUUCUCUGCCCCAUCACCCUAA